AGGCGGUCUUAGGACAGUUUUAGGCAGUCUUAGGCCUGGCUGAUUCAGGCACAGCACUGGGCGGGGGCGCAGGGAUGGGGAAAAUCUCUGCCUCUGAGUCUGCGAUUGCUGGCCAGGACCUGCCCGCGUUGUCUUUCCCUUCAGCCUCCCUGUCUCCACCAUAACCAGGCCUUGGAAUCGCUUGAGGAGUUUUUAGAAAUCUGAGGCCCAGACCAGUUCAAUGAGAACUUCGGGGCUGGUCCGAGGAAUGUGAAUCUCUGGCUGUCUUCAGGCCUGCUCAGUUUAUGUGCCUCUUCCUAGGCCUUGACACCCCGCUCCUGUCCCAGACACCCAGAAUUCUCUGGAAGAUCAGAUCCAGGAGAGUCCAGUCAGAGUCCAGGAGAUCUUGACGCACCCGGCUCUCCACAGCAGCGACGAUGGGUGAGGACGGGGAGGUAUGGAAGCAGGUGUUCCAGGAAUUAAUUCAGGAGCUGAAACCAUGGCACAAAUGGACCUUGACACCAGACAAAGACCUUCUUCCCAACACCCUGCAGCCAGGGUGGUCACAGUACCAGCAGUGGGCCUUCGCCAGGUUCCAGUGCUCCCUGUGCUCUCGUCGUUGGGCCUCUUCCCAAGUUCAGGUCCUUUUCCACAUGCACAAGAGUAAGGGGGAACCCCAGGGCAAGGUGAAGAUGAGGGUCUUUGCCCAGAGGUGUCGGAAGUGCUUUCAGUCUCCAUUUGAGGUUCCCGAGUUCACCACAGAGAACAUCUCAAGGAUCCUGAAUAACUUGGUGUUCCGAAUUCUGAAGAAAUGCUACAGAGAAGAAUUUAAGUCGAUGGAGGAGCUUCCUAUGAUCAAGGAAAUCUCUCUUGAGGGGCCGCAUGACAGUAACAACUGUGAGGCAUGUCUACAGGGCUUUUGUGCUCAGAGUGGGGUGGGUCCAGCCGUGCAGGCACCGGUGUCCCCGGCACUUGCCUCCAUAAGCUCACCUACUUUCGGGACCAUCAUUCCCAUGCCCUCUCCCGCAGGGAGUGGCACCACAGUGGACGCGGUGAACACCCAGGCCAACAAGGGAAAGCCUUUACCCAGACCCUCAUAUGCAGGGCCCACGCAGGCUGCCAGCCUCCCCACCCACUGGAGCCCGAGAGCAAACACCUACCGCCACGUGGAGAGGCGAGUUCAGGUCACCCGCUGGAGUGAGGGACUCUGUUCCCACAUAGCCCCGAAUCCCAGGUGCAGGUAUGGGAAUGUUUGCUGUUUUUGCCUCGUCCUAGUCAUCGUGGUGGUGAUUAUCGUAGAGACUAUUCAGUGGAUCUCAACGUGAUGCCAAGUUCAAAGUCAUGUAGUAUGAUCCCAAGGAUAGGAAAUUUCCAGAAUAGGUAAAUACAGAGACAGGGAGCAGAUUGGUGACUGCCAGGGGCUGUGGGGAAGGGGAUUAAUCUGUACGGGGGCUUUUUUUGGGUGGGGGGAGGUGGUGAGUGGUGAUGAAAAUGUUUGGCCCAAGAUGGAGGAGGUGGUUGUACAGCACUGUGAAUGCGGUAAACGCCAUUGAAUUGUUCAUUUUUAAAUGGUUGAUUUCAUGUGAGCUUUAACAGUUAAUUUCAUGUUAAUUUCACCUCGAUUCAGUGUUACUUAAAAGACACUGAAAUCCUGCUCAUUCUCUGUAGACCGAAAUCAUUAUAGCCCACAGAACCAUCUGGAAAUCUCAGGAGACCCGUGGGUCCUCUCACCAGAGAAGCGUGCCCAGACCCUGUGACAUCAGUCUGUGGAGGCACUUGCUGUGGUUUUCAUUAGGCUGAAAACCUAGGUCUCAAAGCAGUGGUCUCCACAGCAGGGUCCACACAGCUCAGGGGGGACCAAGGUAGCACCACCUGUGUGGUCAAGGUAGGACCAUCUACCCAGGUUGGGGAUAGAACCUUCAAACUCCAUUUUUUGUUUCUUUCUCCUUUACUAUUUCUUGUUGUGUGGCUUAUAAUGUAUGUUGAUGUAUGAGUAGAAUGGUAUUGUGACACAAUGUGUAAAUAAACAAAUAUACACCCA